AUGCUCUCGCAACCAGAAUACUCAAAAGAGAAGAAAGUCGGUGAAGGUACCUAUGCUGUGGUAUACCUUGGAACUAAGCGUUCCUCUAAUCGCAGGAUUGCCAUCAAAGAAAUCAAAACGUCUGGUUUCAAAGAUGGUCUCGAUAUGUCAGCAAUCAGAGAGGUAAAAUAUCUUCAAGAAAUGCAGCAUGUCAAUGUCAUAGAAUUGGUGGAUGUAUUUAUGGCGCAGAAUAACUUGAACCUUGUUUUGGAGUUCCUACCAGCUGAUCUGGAGAUGGUUAUUAAAGACACCUCGAUUUUAUUCACGCAGGCAGAUAUCAAGUCGUGGCUUUUAAUGACCCUGAGAGGGGUUCACCAUUGUCACCGAAACUUCAUUUUACAUAGGGACCUGAAGCCCAACAACUUAUUACUAUCACCCGAUGGACAGCUGAAAAUAGCAGAUUUUGGUCUUGCGCGUAACAUGGGCUCCCCACAAGAGUUUUUGACCAGCAAUGUGGUAACACGGUGGUAUAGGGCUCCAGAGCUUCUUUUCGGUGCUAGGCACUAUACUGGUGCCGUAGAUAUGUGGUCCGUUGGUGUCAUUUUUGCUGAACUGAUGCUUAGGAUCCCAUAUUUGCCAGGCAAAGAUGACAUAGACCAGAUCGAUGUUACUUUUCGGGCUCUGGGUACUCCAACAGAUAAGGAUUGGCCAGAGAUUUCCACUUUCAGUGCAUACAACAAGAUUCAAAUAUACCCUCCUCCUUCUAGGGAAGAGCUCAGAAGGAGGUUUAUUGCAGCUACAGAAAAUGCCUUGGAUUUGAUGUCGGGAAUGCUUCUCAUGAACCCACACAAACGCCUCGAUCCUAUCCAGUGUUUGACAAGCGAGUAUUUCUUGGAGCUUCCAGAGCCUACUGUGCCUUCAGAACUACCGACUCUCAAGAAGAAUACCUGA